ACCUACAUGAAAGUCUGGCGCGUCGCGUAACGAAACGAACUCGUUAUCUGACUAUCAAAAUAACGGUUAUCUUGUAUGGUGGAAAUAAUGUAACAAUUAAAUCAAAUCGAAUAUAAAUUAAUUAUUAACUGUUUUUAGUUUACAGUGUCAUUUGUUAUUAUAAAAUUAAGUGAAAGUUUGGAAUAUAAAAAGGAAAACAACCUCAUAAAUCAACGGUAGACGCUCCAAUCUGACUACGUUCAGCAACUGAAAGUUAUGUGUCUAGUCAUUUUUCGUUUUUGGAAGAAAAAAUGUCGACUGACGAAGGUUCUAAUAUAACUCAUGCUCUGACUAAUCUCUUUGAAGAGAUGUUACUGGCCACAGAAGUGGAAAACGAUAAUCGUACCAAUAUUGACCUGACACAAUUCCUCUCAGCUUUAAAGGAGCAAUCGACGAAAAAUAACAGCUACGAACCCUUGGACUUCGGCACAUUGGUGAAGUUAGUAGACGGCUGGAGAAGCAAGUUGAACUUGACUAAGUCGAAUGAAGUGACGUGUAAUUACUGCGAGGGUAAUUUUCGAGACGUUAUAUCAGCUUACAACAGCGUACACGGAUACAUCAGCCUUAUCGUAUGUUUUUUUGGAAGUUUAGCAAACGCCCUCAACGUCGCUGUAUUAACGCGCCGUGAUUUAGCUGCAGCACCAAUUAAUAGACUUUUGAAAUGGCUGGCCGUCGCUGAUGUUUUCGUCAUGUUAGAAUACGUACCGUUUGCUAUUUAUAGAUAUCUGAUCCUGCCCGGGCAACGAGAGAUGCCGUACAAAUGGGCGGCAUACCUUCUAUUCCACAUGCACUUCGCUCAAAUAUUCCACACCGCUUCUAUUUGUCUGACUCUUUCGCUCGCCGUAUGGAGAUACGUUGCAAUUAAAUAUUCAGAUAGAAACCAUAUAUUAUGCACAGAGCGGCGGUGUAGCACUGCUAUACUCAGCAGUUUCAUUAUUCCUCCGAUACUUUGCAUUCCUACGUUUAUGGUGUUCGAUAUUCACACAACUGUAGUAUUAGAACCUACGGGACCUAUGAUAUUGUACUAUGUGGAUUCAGACCACGAAGGCCAGCUAUACCAGAUUAACUUUUGGGUACACGCUGUUGUUAUCAAAUUGCUGCCAUGCUGUAUAUUAACCAUCAUCAGCUUAUGGUUAAUACGUGAAGUGUACAGUGCAAAUCAGCAUCAGAAAAAAGUCCGCGUUUACAACGCGUGCCCAACAAAUAAUAAGAACGGCAAACGUCAGUGCAAAGCUGAUAGAAGAACAAAUAGAACGACUAAGAUGCUAGUAGCAGUGCUGCUACUUUUUCUUGUGACAGAAUUACCUCAAGGGAUACUGGGCUUACUCAGUGGAUUGCUCGGUCGUUGUUUCUUCAAACAUUGCUACAAUCUGUUUGGGGAGCUCAUGGAUGCACUAGCACUCUUAAACGGUGCUAUCAACUUCGUCCUAUACUGCUCAAUGUCCCGACAAUUCCGAAUGACAUUUGGGCAAAUGAUGUGGCGAGCACAUCUACACAAGUGGCCCCUACCGACCGCUUCACAUUCCGAUGGACAGAACACGGCGAAGACAUCGGUUCCGUGAGGAAGGUUCGUACAAGAGAAACGAGUGAGUGUUUUGCAGCAGUUCUUGUAAAUACCAUUAAUUAUUAUAUAUAGUACUUGUUAUGUUUAUAUAAGGUUUAAAAUCGAACAAAACGGCAGAUAUUAAUAACGAACUGUAUAUAACAAACAGUCUUUACCGACAAGCCGAAAUACUAGAUAUAAUACUCCAGAAUAUAUACGUACGUGUUAUGUUAGUGUUUAAACUGAAAGUUAUCUGUAAGACAACAUCUUAAGAUUUAUGUAAAGUGCGAAUAAGUUUUUAAUUAAAUUUAUUAUUUCAAAUUGACAAUUAUUGACUUCAAAUAUACUGUAUCUGUUAUUUAAAAAUAUAAAAUUAUUUAUUUCAUGUCUAAUAGUUUUGCAGAUCUAACUGGCUCUCUAUAUUUGUGUUUUCAUUCAAAACUAUCUACGGAAUUGAUUAUACGAGUAUACUGAUUAAAAUAUGAGGAUCAAAGAAUACGUAACAAUGAAUUAAGCAAUUGUCUAGCGAUGUAUUAUUUUUAACAAAAUAGAUAUUUCAUAUGCGAUUUUUACUCAUGAAUAUAUCAUUACUUUUGUCUAGACACGGGAUUAAAAAAAAUCAUACACCUAAGCUUGUUUGUACUCGUAUAAGUUUUUAUUCCAAGUAUUCUUUAUUGAUUCAAAAUAUUUAAAUCAAACUAAAGUAAAAAUCAUUUUCUUUAGAUAUAUUUUCUACCCACCUAUGCUAGGAAUAUACGUACAUUAAUUAUAAAUUCAGAUCAAUGCUAUCAGCUAUUUACGCAUGAAAAAAUAAUUUGUUCCAUAUAUUUCAAAUUUUAACUAAUCAUAUGUGCAAUAGUAACUAAACUAUACUACAUCUUGAAAUAAUUAUACUCUACAUAGAAAUUCUAAUAUAACACAUAAAAUAUUUCAGAUUUGUGCAAUUAUCUUUACACUUAAUAUAUUAUAGCUGACGAGUUCUUGCCACAAUUAUGUUCCGAUGUUGUUAUUAUGAAACGGGCCCGACUAUAUGCUGAGGUUAUAUAAUAGUACAAUUUUAGAUAUGAGCCAGUAAUAUAUGUUCUUAUUACAUUGUUAUUUACACGGAACCAUGUACUAUCCUUAAUUUAUAAUUUAAAUCUAUAUAAAGUUAUGAAUACAAAUGGAAAGAGAAUAACAAAACAAAACAAUUGUAAAGUUUUUGACUUGUAUAAAAAUGUGUUAUGAUUUAUUUGAUUGAUUUUAAUGCCAGUUGAAAUUGAAAUAACUAGCAUCCAUUCAAGUGAGGGUUCUACGAAUGAAAAUGUACAUCUUCUCUCUAUUAUUAUAUUUUUUAACAAUUACAAUAAUAUAAUUAAUUAUUUCUUCUCAAAAACACACCAGAUUAUAUAUGUAAUAAUUUUUAGUGAAUAGAAAAUUAAUUGGUGAAAUCUAUAUGAUGUAUAACUGUGUGUUACUAUUACUGUCCUAGUGUAUUUUAAAUUAUGCUCCUAUAUAUCUCUAUGUUAAUAUAAUAAGCUCAUUGUGCCGUUUAGGAUAAAUUCAGAUCCUAUGGGAUACUUAUAUAGUUAUUACGAUUAUUUCAGUUAUUUUUUAGUUUUAUAUAUAUAUAUAUAUAGUAAAUUCGGUCAGACAUCAACAUAAUGAUCAAAAAUAAACUACAAAAAAGUCCACGACAUUUUCAUUUUUACUACGAACUUUUAUAUACACAUCUGCUACUGUUGCAUACUAAAUAUAUUAUUAUUGGUCCAAUCUGUCAUAUCUGGAUUACUCGUACUAUAAUGUGUGAAAGAUGAGCAUACUCAUAAAUCCAAACUUUUUUGCUCAAUUGACAACUCGAACGCUGGACGUCAUUAUAUGUCGUUAAUGUUAACGUACACUUAAAUAUUAUUAAGAUUAUACAGUUAACGUAAAAAUUCGUAAUUCAAAUUUAAUAAACAAAAAUCACCAAUAAACAGAGCCUAAUUCUAUAUAAAUCAGUAAAUAAAUUGACAUAUUUUGUAUUUUUUUCAAGCUAAUUUUUUUAUUUAUUGUUCAAACAUUUGCGAUUGUCGUUUAAGAAUUUUCUAAUACCUCUAAAUAUGAUUUAAUUAUAUUGUAUAUAGCUAAGUAAUUUAAUAUUUUAAGCAACCUGAAAAAUAGUUACAAUAUAAAAUAAUAUUUACAAUAUCCAUAAUGCAAAUUUCGUUAAAAUUCUAGCAAAUAUUAUGCAAAAUAUUAAAUAAAUAUUAUUAUUUCUGUAUCAUAAAAUUUGUUUAUUAUUCUUAGAUUAAGAUAUUUUAAGUAAAUUGAUUUUAACAAAAAAAACUAAUUUUACAAAAGAUUUUUUUUUAUUUACCUAGUAUUUGCUAUUAGUAAUAGGCAGGACCUAUUUGACUGGUGGUUAUAAGUGCAUGGAUAGUAAAAAAUUCUGAUACUUAAUACGUUUUUCAAAGACAGUAAAGUCUCACUUAGUAAUUUUUCAGCGAUUAUAUUAUAUAUUAAGUUCUUUUUUAAUACAAAAUUAUUUUAAACAAACUCUAAAAAUAAAGUAAGAUAAAAUUUUAUAUAAUAUAUACUCGUAGUCACAUUGAAAAGUAUAAUACCACUCAAUUAUAACGAAAUCUCAGGAAUCAAACAACUAUACAAAAUUAAAACUUUGCAUAAAGAAAUCUAUACCCAAAAUUGUGUUACGUAUUAUUUAUAAAUACUAUAUGGAAGGAAACGGGUUUCAUUUCUAGGCAUAAACAUACUUAACAUAAGGCCCUUAACACACAGCGGUGUAGCGGCAUUCUCAUUGGAUAACUACGGAAAAUCGCCACGCUGUCAUUGUAUAUAAGUACUCGGCGAUAUAUAUAAUGUAAAUUUUUAAAUUUUUUAGACUUAGGAUAUUUAAUGAACAAUCUUAAUAUAUGUUAUUAAUGACAUAAUAGUAGGCAAAACAAAUUACUAUAACAGAAAUUAUU